UGGGUUAGGGGGUUGUUGAUUGUUUUAUGUUAUGUGGAUGCAUCCCAUUGUUCUAUUGUGUGUCUGGCUUUGAAGCAAACUAUUAUGGGAUGUAUGUGUUUAUGUGUAUUGGCUUGGGGGGGGGGGGGGUGUCUCCAGCAGCCCUCCCUCCCGAUGGGACUGUCUCUUGUUACUAAAUGUAGAUUGCCCCGCCCUGUGUCUCUUGUUACUAAAUGUAGAUUGCCCCACCCUGUGUCAUUAUGCAGGGAGGGGGGAUUGUUCCCUUGAGUGUAUAUAUCUUGUAUCUGUGUUAAAAUAAACUAGUCUACCUCCUGGUUUACUUCAAGACUGGUGUUGUCUAGUCUUGUAUGGUCGGCUGUGGUGCCUGUUGUC